CAUCCAGGUUGGACAUAUCCAUUUAAAUUUCGGAAGAUAUGCGGAAGCAUUGAAUCUUCUGUCAUCUCAUGGGAACAGCUGUUUGCGGAAGGUACCAUCGGGCUGUGCUUGACUGUCCGAGGAAAUGUUGAUGUGACAAAAAAAAUUCACUUUCUCCACGUCUUGUUCUGUUAAUAAAUCUUCUUAAAACGUAAGUUAGAAGAAUUGCAGCAAGAUGAAGUUGAUUUUGUUCGUAGCUCUUCCGAUCCUAAGUUUUUUAGAAGUAUGCAAUUGUUGGACUACUGAAGAUCUUGAACUGUUUGAUUUGGUUGAAAGCACUCCACGAAAUUUUUAUGAUAUACUUGGAGUUGAUGAGAAAGCAUCAUCUAGUGAAAUCCGAAAAGCUUACAGAAAAAUCUCUACUCUGCUUCAUCCUGACAGAAAUAAAAGCCCAAAUGCCGAAGAAGAAUUUCGGCAGGUUGCUGCUGUUGCUGAUGUUUUACGAAAUGAUGAAAGAAGGAAACAGUAUGAUCUUAUCCUCAAGAUGGGCUUGCCAGAUUGGCGUACACCAAUUUAUUAUUACAGACGAGUCAGAAACAUGGGUCUCUUUGAGAUGACAAUAUUUCUGUUCUGUUUAGCAACUCUAGGACAAUACAUUUUUGCAUGGACUGCAUAUUGGGAGAAGAAAUAUGAAAUUGAGGAAGUUGUGCUUUCAAGAUUGAGGAAGAAAGCAAAACACCAGAGAAAAGGCAAGGAAGCAAAGCAAGAAGAGGAAGUCAUUCUAUCAGAAGCUUUGUCUAUUUUACAAAAACCAAAGUGUCAAGAUUUAUUUCCCAUCCGGCUAUUUUAUUUUAUCAUCCAUGUAAUUAAGUUUUCCCCAUCUUACAUUGCUUCCUGCAGAAAUUAUUUCAAAAUUCAAAAAGCAGUAGAGAAAGAGGAAGAAGAGGAAGAGAUUCCAGCUCCUCGUGUACGGACUAGGAAAUUGGUUGGCAAGCCAAAAAUUCCAGAUUAUGCUGAUAUUUCAUCAUAUGAGCCUACAUCGUUAUCUAAUGAAUCUUCAACAAUUCCAAAUGGUGUUCAUGAGAAACAGAACAAUGUUCAAAAGUGGUGUGUGGAUAGUCUAACAGAACAUCAAAUAAUAGAGUUUAAAAAAGCUUUGAAGAAAUUUCCUGUUGGAACUUUACAACGAUGGGAAAAAGUGGCUGCACACCUAGGUUGUUCCGUUUCAGAUGUAACUGCUAUGGUAAAGCAAAUGAAAAAUAACAAGUUUUCAAAAGCUAUAUCCUUACCAUUACAAGGUGUAACUGGUCAUGAAAAAGAGAACUUUGGUUCAGAACUUUAUGAGGAGAAAGAUGCCAAAGAAAAGGGAGCUGGAGAUCAUUUCAGAGAAAAUGGUGUAUCUAUAGAAAAGUGCAAUAAGGAAAUUAAAGAGAAUGGUUGUUCUCAAUCUAAUAACCAAACAGAGAAAUUCUGGAAGCAGGAAGAACAGCGUUCCCUAGAGGAAGCAUUAUUAAAAUUUCCCAAAGACACCGAGUCUCGAUGGGAGAAAAUAGCUGAAUUUGUAUCUACAAAAACCAAGGAAGAAUGUAUUGAACGUUACAAAAUUUUGGUGCAACAAAUCAAACAAAAGAAAGGAAAAGGACUCUGAUAUUUAUUGUUACUUACAGAAUUCAUGGCAACUGCUUAUUAUUUAUGACUUUGGGAUGAAAAAUUUAUUGUAUAUAUUGUUUUAUUGUAAGAUAUUUUAAUCCUUGUAAUAUAUUACCUUCAAAGUUUGCAAUAAAUAUCUAUAUAUUCUUCCCUUA